AUUGUUCUUUAGGACCACCAUUCUUUGUAUUCCCACUUGGAAACCUUGGGGUGAUCCUCUUUGUCAUUCAGUCAUUCUAGAACUCUUCAAGAUCGUCAUAAAAACUCCACCAAAUAAUGCAAAUGUCAUAGUUUGUGAUUUCUAUCGAUGUUUUAAUAUGUCUUCUGUUUGUAUCAAACAAAUUCACAUAAACUUCGUCAUUAUAACCAUCCCAAUAUCACUAUCGUCACUGUGGUCGAAAGUCCUAUCCAUUUCAACCAAAAUUUGCAUCAAAAUCGCAAUAAAAGCUUAAAUUUAACUCGAUUUUUGAGUUUUAAAAAUAUUUCUUCAUUAAAAUUUUCUGCGCAUCUAUCUGCGCAUAACAUCCGGUCAUUCCGGAAAACGUAUAAACCGGAAACAAUACAGUCAAAACGAAAGUAAAUAAAGUGAAAGUUCAGUACGUCAAAAACUACACCUUUUGGUGUAUCCCGCAUGUAAAGGGUAACUACACCAAAAGGUGUAUCCCGAAUGAAAUGGGUUAAGGUACACUUUCCAUUGGAAAGGAAAUACAUUGUACCAUUCAAUUUUCAAAUGAUCAAUAACUGACAAUGGAUGAAUGAUCACACUAUAAACAGGGAACAAUGGUACAGCGGAGAUCAACAAUGGCCAACGACAAUGGACCAGAGUUAAAGACCUAUAACUACCUGAAGAGUUUCUUUGAGGGGCCAAAACUAAGUGAAGAAGACAUGAAAUUACCAAUGUGGCAACGGUUCAAGUUAUUACAAGAUAUGAGAGCUAAAGAUCCGGCAGGGGCAAGGAACUCUGCCAUAUUUUUCCGAUGUCUGCUGUUGUUCCAAGCUCCAACACAGUUGUAUGUCUUCAUUGCACACAUAGUCCCAUUCUUUUUUGGUGACUACGGACCGUGGGUAGAAUACUACAUGAAAGUCUUCGUAGCCUUCGUGUUCUUCAAUGGAAUGGCUAACUGGCUGUGUGUCAUAUUGUAUGACCCAGGUUAUUAUAAGACAAAGGAUAACCCAAACUUGCAAUUAGGGAAUUUUGAUCAACCACCAGAUCAAUUUGUUCCAUUGAUCGAACAAUCAUCAAAUGGAAUGAACGGACAUUGUGUCUAUGACUUGACUGCAAAGGAAGGAUUACCCUGGGAAUUUUGUAACGAAUGUGAAAUGUACAUUCCACCUCGAUCUAAACAUUGUAAACAUUGCAAGAAAUGCAUCUUGAAACGCGACCAUCACUGUUUUAUGGUGGGAAAUUGUAUCGGUUUCAAGAAUCAGCGCUACUUUUUCGUGCUUGCUUUUUACGCCCUGAUAACUGGUUUGGUUGGCGGAUACUUUACAUACAAAUACAUUCAAAUUGAGGUCUGGCCGCACAUGUAUUCUUGGACCUACCUCAUCCCUCCUGUGACAGUUGUGCAAACAUUAUUCGGACAACUUACAAUAUUUGAGUGCUUACUAGUAUUUCAUGUAAUUUUAGAAUUUUUGUUUGGCACUUUUGGAUUUAUUUACUUUACAUCUCAGUUGACCGUUGUUGCUCUUGGAAAGACAUUAUACGAACUGUCACGGCAAACUGGUGUCAAGAGCUCCAACAGCAUAAACAGAAACUUCCGAUCAGUAUUUGGUGACUUCUGGCUUUUAAACUUUAUUUUCCCCAUGACCCUCAUUUUCCGACAAAGAGAUGAUGGAAUUCAUUGGGAAGGAAUUAAGAUAGAUUAUAAUGGAAAUGAGAAGAAAAAUGAAGAUGCCAACAACGUUAUAUAGAGAUUUAACAGUCGACUCGCUCACUCGCCCAUUUUUAAUCAUUAAAAUGUUACUUCAUGUCAUCCAACUAUUACUUUGAUUUACUCUUUUUGUUCAAACUGAUACAUCAUUAUUAACAUUUGUCCUGGCCUCAAUUUCUCAACAACCAUAACAGGUUAAAUUCUCGUAUUUCAAUGAAGUUUUGUUUUAUAAAUAAAUACAGUAUAUCAUGCUCAUGUUUAAAGUUGUUUCUUUAAAGCUAAAAGGAAAAAACAAAUAAAAAAAUAAAAGUACUUCAGCUAGUUUGAUGCUGUAGUAAGGGACUUAAAAUUGAUCAAGAAAUUGGGGCCAGAUCUCAGUAUCAUUUAUAUUGAUUUUUUGCAUUGAAAAAGCUUUCAUUAAUAUGAUAUCUUUAUACAUCUACCACUUAGUAUUCACAAUUUGCAACAUUUCUGGCAGUUGUAUAACAGGAAAUUUUUACUACAUGUAUUAGUCAAUCUUAAAAAUGUUUUAUUAUCAAUAAAGCAUAUAGACAUGUUUAUGGACCCAUUCCUGUGUAUGACUCUUUUCUAACCUUAACUAUCUUGGAAUUACUUCAAUAAAAUAAAAUGU